AUGCCUACCAAAAACAAGAUUGCUGCUGAAGAAAAUGUGAACUCUCUGAAGCACAGAGCAGAAUGCAGAGAAAUAGUGGAAGCCUUAGUCAAGGUGACAGCUUGCUACAAACAUUUGGCAGUCAACAUUGGUGGAUCUUCUGACUGCUUUAACCUUCGUGAUGAGCUCAGGAAAACAAGAGAAAAGGUGCAGGAACUGGCAUUGACCAACAGAAAUAAGCUAACAACAGCACUAAGGGAUAAAACUCUUUCCAAGGAAGAUCGGACAGAGAUGGACCGUCUUUGGGUAAUCUUUUCCUCCAGUCUAGAACUCUUUCAUAUGGACAUGUGCAAAGUAUAUGAACUUGGACAGAACUUCACCUUUUCUGUAAAAGAAAGUUCUUCCAUUCAAAGUGGAAUGACAGGACCAACUUCAGCUAUCACAGCAAGGGCUCUCAGCAUCCAAAAUCUGAAGAGCAAUGAAGCAGCACUCAAUGUAGACAAGCUGGAGCAAAAUGACUUAGUGGAACAGAUAAGGAAGGUGGACACAAUGAUAAAUGAUAUGGAGAUGAAGGUAAAUGUUCUAAGGUGGACUGUGGAAGCCAAAGGAGAAGAAUGCUGUGAUCUGGUCAGCAAUGAUACGUCUUCAUUAGCUUUGUUAACCAUGGAAGAGAAUGAUGACCAGCAAUGUUGUGACAAAGGACAACUUCUCAUAUCUACAGUGCUCAUUGGGGUAGUAUUUGUUGCCAUGAUGCUAUCCAUAUGUGUACUCUAA